AAACAGAAAUCAACAAACCCAAUGGCAUGUUUUUCCUUCGGUUAUUAGUGUAAAUAUUUAAAAUGCUCUCUAUCGUAGAUGGACAUUAAAUCUGGCAUUUAUCAGCUAUCGAUAUUAAGAGGAAUCUUUCUGAUGCGAGCAUCAAAGAAGUCGUUGUUACUUGUCUUCAUGCUGACGACUGCAAAUGAAUAGAUGAUCGACGCCUCUUUGGAAAAAGAAAAUUGAAGGGUUCAUUUUACGAUCUUGUACGCCUUACCGACAAAAUACCUUUGGUCAGUUGAUAAAAUCACUUUAGUACUAUGGAAUAUGAUAGAUGAUGGAUUUUUUACAAGCAGUUGAUAAGGACUUUGGUACUAUUUAGAACGUUGAAAUCGUCACACAAUUUGAAAAGCGUGACUCGAUGAAAUAUCUGGGCGCCACUAGCACUGUUUACAAUGUUUACAAGAGAGAAAGUUAAACUAGACCCUGCAAAAACAAAUGCCAAGAAAGGACGUAAAGGGAAAACCUCCAAAGCAGCUUGGGAGACACUACUUGCGAGUAGUUCACAAAAUGGCACUGUAGGAAAUGAGAGGUCACAGUCAAGAGGUUCUGAAAAGAGGAAUGGGUACUCGUAUGUUCAUUGGUCAGACGAUGAGGAUGAUGAAGAUGAUGAGUAUGACAGGUAUAACACUUCUAUAACUCCAAAUGCAUCUUUAAACUUCUCUGGGAGCCACUCAAAAAGCUUUGAAAAUUUAUGGAAGGCAGCAGCUGAGGGAAGGUCAACUUCUCCCUUACACAGGAGUUUUGAAUCUAAACCUGUGCCUAUUGCCGACUAUCAGGUUCACACUGGCCAACCUCCAGUUCCCAAAGAAAUUGUUAAGCAAAUACGAGAAGGAAAAUAUGUCAACUUUCAGGAACUCCUCCCAGAAAACCUUGACAAAGAAAAUGCAAAAAACAAGACAUUUGUCGAUGAAACAGAAAGGGUGGAUGACAUUACUAAAUGGACUGAUUGUAUGGCUGCUUAUACUGCAGUUUUUACUUGUGAUUUUCCCAACCGAAUUAGAGACUUACUAGCAUACCAAGGUAUAAUAACCAGGUUAUACCGUGAAUGUCAAGAUAACAGAGCGUGGCAGAGGUAUGAUGUUGCCUUCAGGCGUAAAGCCUCUCAGAGUGGCCUGAAAGACUGGAGCACUAUUGAUGAAAAUUUGUGGAUUAUGGCCUCAUCUAGAGAUGCUCGGAGGGCUGUGCUUUGUAAAGCUUGUCUAUCCCUGGCACAUGACCAAGCAUCUUGUCCAUUAAAUCCAAAAGAAGAAACCCCAAGGAGACAGCACUCUUGGUUAUCCAAGUCCACCAAAAAGGCUACAGUGGAGGAGGAAGAGCGGCCACGAUCAGUCAGUCCAACUCGAGGCAAGAGAGGACCUCCUGAAGGACUUGAUCUUAAGUUUGCCUUCGGGUACCAUGGUUACAAUGCAUGUAACAAUCUGUUCUACACACAGUCAAAUGAGAUAGUGUUUCAUGUAGCAGCUCUUGGGAUAGUGUACAGUCCAGCAAGUCAUCAACAGAGAUUCUACAAGGGUCACACUGAUGAUGUUCUCUGUCUAACCAUUCAUGACGACAAAGACUUUGUGGCUACCGGACAGCCUUCAAAUUGUAGGAAACCUCAAGACGAUUGUUUGCUAUUUAGUAAUAAAUUGCAUAUUAUAAAAUAUUUUAUUCAGGGUUAUGUGACUGGUGGUAGAGAUGGUGUCGUUACCAUGUGGGACCCACUGUUUGAACAGUGUCUCAAGGCAUUCAAGGUGGAGGGAGCAUCCAUGAGCCCAGGCUCAGUGCUUCUGCAAAAUCUGCCUCCUGUCAGAGCUUUACACACUGAUGAAGACAAAAUACUCAUUGGGACAGGAAAUGAUGAGGUGUGUGAAAACAGGUCUGCAAUACUGUACAGUCCAGCAAGUCAUCAACAGAGAUUCUACAAGGGUCACACUGAUGAUGUUCUUUGUCUAACCAUUCAUGACGACAAAGACUUUGUGGCUACAGGACAGGUUGGCAAAGAAGCAGAGACUCACGUUUGGGAUGCAAGCUCCAUGAGAACUGUGUCUGUGCUGAAAGGUUUUCACAGGAGGGGCAUCAUCUGUGUUGACUUCUCAGUGUGUGCGUACGCUCUAACUUGCUUGAUCUUUUUAGGUAAACUGAUCCAGACUAACUCUGGAGCACGUGAACACUUGUUUUACGAGGUGCCUUCUGGGAAUCGUAAGACCAUCAGUGUCCCGGAUGUGGAGAGGUUACAGUGGUCCACCUUUACUUGUGUCCUGGGUCCAACUGUCAAAGGUGUUUUCCCGCCAGGAAGUGACGUCACGGACGUGAACGCGACCUGCCGUUCUAAGGAUGGCAGUUUACUGGCCAGCGGUGAUGAUUUUGGUUUGGUGAAGCUUUUUGAGUAUCCUGUGUCGCAUCGAGGGGCACGUGGCCGACAGUACAAAGGUCACUCCUCACACGUGACCAAUGUUCGGUGGACUUGUGACGACCGCGUGCUUGUGUCAACUGGGGGUCUGGACACGGCCGUGCUGAUCUGGGACCGAUUGGUUGUUUCAGAGGUUGACGAACCAGAAAAGGCCGUAGAGGAUAAAGUUCUUGUUCAACCCAAGUUCAUUCCAACUGGACCCAUUAAGAAUCCUAUCGCCAAAGGCAAGCCUCAGUGGGAUUAAAGCUGUUACCGUGACGCUUCUGGCAGCUAUUACAAGACAAUGUUGACAGUCUGGCUCCCGUUUUUGAAAGGCUGGAUAACGUUAUCCACCGGAUAAAUCGCUAUCCGGUGGAUAGCGUUAUCUACCUUUCGAACAACCCGGGCCUGGAUGGGGAUUGUGGGAUCUCAGUCAGUAUCAGUUCGAUUUUCGGCGAUUUCUUAGCUCGGAUGGUCAGUCGCUUGUUGGAGCAUUUAGCAAGAACUAUUGGAAGUAAAGCUAUUCUA